CAACAACCAAAGCAGGUUCCGUGAAGGGGAGGAGAGGAUAUUCAUUUGAGCUUUGUCUCCUAACAACAUCACUGUGUGUACAGUAGGGUAGACUUACUUUGUUGUAAUAAAUUAUUUCCGAGGUGAUUUAGGAACCCGGGUAAAAAUGCUCCAGUCUCUAGCCAGCAAUUCGUGUGUGCGUUUGAUACAGAAUCAUAAAUCGACGUGGUAUUUCGUGUCUUUAAUAUUGGGUUAUCUCCUUUAUCUCAUAUUCGGCGCCGUCGUCUUCUCGUCGGUCGAACUACCGUACGAAGACCAACUGCGUCAGGAGCUGAGGGCGGUCAAAAAGCAGUUCCUCUUGGAAAAUGAGUGUCUGUCCGAGGAGCGACUGGAGCGGUUUUUAAAGAAAGCCCUAGAUGCCAGUAAUUAUGGGGUUUCUAUUCUCAAUAAUGCCUCGGCUAACUGGAACUGGGACUUCACCUCUUCGCUGUUUUUCGCCAGCACGGUGCUGUCCACCACAGGUUACGGUCACACAGCACCUCUAUCAGAUGGCGGCAAGGCCUUCUGCAUUAUUUACUCCGUGAUUGGCAUCCCGUUUACCCUCCUCUUCCUCACUGCCGUUGUACAAAGGAUCAUGGUCUUCAGCACUCGGAGGCCCGUUACGUACAUCCACACACGAUGGGGUCUGUCCAAGCAGCUUGUGGCCAUCGUUCACGCCACCCUACUGGGCAUGUUGGCCGUCUCGUGCUUCUUCCUCAUCCCGGCGGCCAUCUUCUCUGCUCUGGAGGAGAACUGGAACUUCCUGGAGUCCUUUUAUUUCUGCUUUAUUUCACUCAGCACCAUUGGCCUCGGAGACUACGUACCAGGAGAAGCAGCCAAUCAGAAGUUCAGGGAGCUGUAUAAAGUGGGCAUCACUGUCUACCUCAUUCUGGGUCUGAUAGUCAUGCUGGUGGUGUUGGAGACCUUCUGUGAGCUGCAGCAGCUGAAGCAGCUCAGGAAGAUGUUCUACCUGAAGAAGGAGAAGCCCCAGGACCGCCUCGCCAUUUUGGAGCACGACCAUCUCUCCUUCACCACCGUGUCUGACAACACAAGUGGCAAGAAUGAGGACAAAGCCAAGACGUUUCUCAGUGUCCCAACUCUGGUCUCUCCCAAUGAUGACCCAAUGAUCCAGUAAAAAAAAAAAAAAGACCAAAAAGGAUAACCAGAGGAAUAAAAAAUAAGGGAUUAACUCAUAGUAGAAAACAGCAUGAG